AUGGCCAAGCUCUCACGUGGUGCCCCCGGUGGCAAGCUCAAGAUGACCCUCGGUCUUCCCGUUGGUGCCAUCAUGAACUGCGCCGACAACUCCGGAGCCCGUAACCUGUACAUCAUCUCCGUCAAGGGUAUCGGUGCCCGCCUCAACAGACUGCCCGCCGGUGGUGUCGGUGACAUGGUCAUGGCCACCGUCAAGAAGGGAAAGCCCGAGCUCCGCAAGAAGGUCCACCCCGCCGUCAUCGUCAGACAGUCCAAGCCCUGGAAGCGUACCGACGGUGUCUUCCUGUACUUCGAGGACAACGCCGGUGUCAUCGUCAACCCCAAGGGUGAGAUGAAGGGCUCCGCCAUCACCGGUCCCGUCGGCAAGGAGGCUGCUGAGCUGUGGCCCCGUAUUGCCAGCAACUCCGGUGUCGUCAUGUAA